GCCCAGCCUGGGGACAAGAGCAGCCGUGCCCCAACUUCUGCUUCCCCUGCCAGCAGCUCAGACCAUGGGAGGUCCCCACCUCAGCAUCUUUCUCGUCCUACACGUGCUGUGUGUUUUGCUGGCUCUGUUGGAAUAUGGACCCCGGAACACCAGGGCCUCUGCCUCCACGGCCUGUGCUCCGUGGUGCCCCCCGCAGUCCACGUGUGUCAACGCCACUGCCUGUCGCUGUCUUCUGGGGUUCAUCUCUUCAUCUGGGGAGAUCGUCACCAGCCCCUCGGAGAGCUGCGAUGACAUCAACGAAUGCGGACCGCCCCUAUUAGUGUCCUGUGGAAAACUGGCAGAAUGCCAGAACACGGAGGGGAGCUACAAGUGCUUGUGCUCCUCGGGUUACACGCUUGUUUCUAGGACAACACAAUUCGGUAACAAGAGUCAGAACAUGUGUGAAGAUGUGAAUGAAUGUGCCUCGGGGCAACACUCCUGCCACAAGUCCACGCACUGCCUCAACAUCCAGGGCAGCUAUAAGUGCAGCUGCCGUCCUGGCUGGAAGCCAGCUCCUGGGUCCCCCAAUGGCCCAGUCAACACCAUCUGUGAAGAUGUGGAUGAAUGUGCCUCGGGGCAACACUCCUGCCACAACUCCACAAGCUGCAUCAACAUCCCGGGCAGCUAUAAGUGCCGCUGCCGCCCUGGCUGGACGCCAGCUCCUGGGUCCCCCAGUGGCCCAAACAGCACUGUCUGCGAAGAGAUCUUCCCUGCCUGGACCCCUCCCCCUGGGAUCAAGAGCCAGAGUCUCUCCCGCUUCUUUGAAAAAGUUCAGAAUCUCAGCAGAGACUUCAAGCCUGCCUCGCCCCAGGACACCAUCAAGAAUCUCAUCAAGUCAUUGGACAAGCUACUGGAAGACCCUGGGGACCUGGAGGCCCUGGCCCUCCCUGACCGGCACCGCGUGGCCACCCACCUGCUGUCACAGCUCGAAGAAGUUCUGAGGACACUGGCCAAGGCCAUACCUGAAGCCUCCUUCACCUACCGUUCCCCUUCGGACACAGAGCUGUCCCUGAUGAUCCGGGAGCAAGGGAACGGAACUGUCACCGUGGGCCAGAGCCUCGCCCGGAUGCGGCUGAACUGGGCUGAGGCAGUUGGAGUCGGGGAGUCUGGCGCCACCGUGGCAGGCAUAUUCUCCAGCCGAAACAUGAAGAAAUUGCUGGCCAAUGCGUCCUUGAAGUUGGACCCUGAGAAGAAAGUCCAGCUGGAAAAGAUGCACGAAGGUCCCGUCAGUGGUGGCCAGCCCAGGCUCCUGUCCGCUGUCAACACGGUCUUUCUGAGCAAGAAGGACAUGGGGAAACGAGACUCCCCUGUCGACUUCUCCUUCUCCCACCUUGCGGAGAAGCCCGGGCCACAGCAGGAGCUAAUCUGCGCCUUCUGGAAGGGUGACAAGGACAGUGGCGGGUACUGGGCCACCACAGGCUGCCGGAAGCUGGGCAGCGGGAAUGGCAGCACCACCUGCCGAUGCAGCCACCUGAGCAGUUUUGCCAUUCUCAUGGCCCACUAUGACGUAGAGGACUGGAAGCUGGCUUUGAUCACCAAAGUGGGACUGGUGCUGUCACUGAUCUGCCUGCUGCUGUGCAUCCUGACCUUCCUGCUUGUGCGGCCCAUCCAGGGCUCGCGCACCACAGUGCACCUGCACCUCUGCAUAUGCCUCUUCGUGGGCUCCGCCAUAUUCCUAGCAGGCAUUGAGAACCAAGGCGGCCAGGACCCGGGGCCGCCCUGCCGCCUGGUGGCCGGGCUGCUGCACUACUGCUUCUUGGCCGCCUUCUGCUGGAUGAGCCUCGAGGGCCUGGAGCUUUACUUCCUCGUGGUGCGUGUGUUCCAGGGCCAGGGCCUGAGCAAGCCCUGGCUCUACCUGAUUGGCUACGGCGUUCCUGGGUUCAUCGUGGCCAUCUCAGCAGCAGCCUAUCCCAAGGGCUAUGGCCGCAAACGCUUCUGCUGGCUGGACACCUCCCACGGCUUCCCCUGGAGCUUCAAUGGACCUGUGGCCUUCAUCAUUUUGUGCAAUGGUGUCAUCUUCGUGACAACUGUCUGGAAGCUCGCUCAGAAGUUCUCUGAGAUCAACCCAGACAUGAACAAAUUAAAGAAGGCCAGGGUGCUGACCAUCACAGCCAUCGCACAGCUCCUCGUGCUGGGCUGCACGUGGGCCUCUGGCCUGUUCCUCUUCAGCCCGAGUAGCCACAGUAAUGUGCUGGCCUACGUCUUCACCAUCCUCAACUGCUUUCAGGGCUUCUUCCUCUUCCUGUUGCACUGCCUGCUCAACAAGAAGGUGAGGGAGGAGUACCAGAAGUGGGCCUACAUGGUCACUGGGAAUAAGUAUAAGGACUUCGCCACAUCCACGUUGAGCUCCAGCCACAACCAGACUAAGGUCCUCAGGACAUCAGAGUCUGGCAUGUGACCACGAUUUGACCUGGCCAGCAGCUUCUGUGGCCUCCUCAGCAGCUUUUGCACAUACUGGACUGUCCCCCUCCUGUCUCAACACCCUGCUCCCUCUGCCUUCAUUGGAGAGAGGGAGCUGACAGUUGUUCUCUGGCACCAAACCUGGGAACACACAGCCAGGGUGGAAUUGGACCUGAUGGGCCUGCUUCUGGCUGCCUCUGCUGCACCCCAGCUGGGACCCUGGUAGGCAGGAGCUGGCCCAGGGCAACAGCGCCUUGCCCUGGUACACAAUGCCCGGACAGACAAGGAUCCUGUGCUCCCCUGGCCUCCCAGUCACCUGUUUUUGCAACAAACCAAGAGGCAAGGGUGUUGGGGUUCAACUUUCCUGUUAAGCUAAGACUGAGGUCAAGGGUGGGAGAAGGGCAGGGCCCCUCCUGGCCCUGCCACCUGUGGUUCACGGUACAGAGGCCAGUCUGCCUCUUUGGCAGAGUGUUCUCACUGUUUUGAAGGUGGUGGAUAUUGUGUCAUGUUUUUUUUUAUUAUCUGUAUAAACUUUUCAAUGUUGACACUUAAAAUUAAAUUUCACACUGAUACAGAA